GCUAAGCUGACGGCUGGAGCAAUCGAGAUGGCGCGGAGGAAGAAGAGAUAGAGAGAGAGAGAGAGAGAGACAGAGAGAGAGAGAGAGCGCUCUAGUUGCGGAUCACCGCGGAAAAUUUAAGAAGAAAGUAUCUGCUGGGCUUUGAGCAUAGAAAGUCACGCGCACGAAUUAAAACCGAAGUUAACGGUUUUCCGGAGUUGGCCUCGCGACCUCGUCAACGUUCAUUUUCGGAGACACGCCCAGUGCGCGGACGAGAAUUGGAGUGUUGUGGCUGGGUCGCGCCCAGCCGUGUCCCGAAGGAUACCCGGCACCGGUGCGUGUGGAUAACCGGCGAGGUGUGCGGAUGCGCGCGUGAACGGACUUUAUUGAUGCUGCAGUACCGAACAACCGAAGAGCAGCGGAAGCAACAACAACAACAGCAACGAGCGGAACGACAGAUUGAGGCAGCAACAUUAGUAAAACGAACGAGAGGACGAGCGAGAGAACAACGAGCGACGACAAUAACACCAGCGAGGCGGUCAGCGAGAAGGAGCGUACCAGUGACGUCAAAUUGCGAAGAGUUCUAGCCGUCAGAGAGGCUGAAGAUCGAAGUCGGUGCCGUGUUUUCUCUUGUCUCUCUCUCUUGCAUGUUCGGGUGCUAACUGAUGGGUGGUAGUGCGGCAGAUCUGCUGGCUACCCUGUUGAUGAAAUAACGAUUUCUAUCCUGUGUUAAAUUUUAGCUGCUCUGAAAAGUGAAAAUAAGAGAAAAUCUCUGUAACCAGAUGCGAAUUCCAAACUUAACGACUUUCGGCCUUCCUACUUAGUCUAGUCAAUAAAAAUUGGUCCCGCUGUUCUGGGAACAUCUGGGCUCCAUAGGGAGAGACAAAGGCGCAUGAUGAGUAUAGUACGUACUUCGCUUUCAUUUUCCGCAGCUGUUACAGAGUUCAACAUGAAUAUUCGCAAUCAUUAUGGACGGUACAAGUGGCUUGGAAAAAUGACUGUAAUUCUGAUUAUAAUUUGGUUGUUAGCAAUAACUUUAUUAAUCAACCAAAUAUUAAAAACCAAUUCCAAUCUUUUUCAUGACAAAAAAGAACAGAAGCUUAAAAACGAAGAUGCUGAGCGUAUGCAAAAAUUAUCGAAUAAUUUUGAGAAACUUAAAAAGCAAAAUGUUAUGCUACACAAUAUAUUGAUAAGGAGCCAGACAAAAGCCAUUUCAGAAAAUAAUCUAGACAUUACCUAUUCUAAUGAAAAUAAAGAUUUUUCAACUUAUGAUUUAUUUCAUCAACAGAAUUUUGUCUCAAAUAACUGUAAUGAGCCAUCUUUACAAUAUGAGGAAAUGCGUCGUCAAAUAAAAAAUGAUGUACGAGAAAUUGGUUAUUUCAUCAAUGGGGAAUUGAAUAAAAUCAAAAAAGAUUUCAACAAAUACGAUAUAAAUAGUGAAAUAGACUUUAUUCUAAGUUAUUUCAAGGAUUACAAAAUAUCAUUAUCAAAAAAUAUUGAAAAUUUAAUCGAAGCUGAUGGAUUUGAAAAAUGGCGAGAAAAAGAGGCCAUAAAUUUAUCAAAUUUAGUACAACAACGUUUCAGGUACCUUCAGAAUCCAUUAGAUUGUCAUUCUUCAAAAAAGCUAGUGUGUAAUAUAAAUAAGGGAUGUGGUUUUGGUUGCCAGGUCCAUCAUUUAGUAUAUUGCUUCAUCGUAGCAUAUGGUACUGAAAGAACCCUUAUUUUAAAAUCAAAAGGAUGGAGAUAUCAAAAGGAGGGUUGGGAAUCAGUUUUUAAACCUCUUAGUGAUACGUGUAUUUUUGCCAAUGGUGAUACGCAAAUAAAUUGGCCAGGUGAUUCAUCUAAACAAGUUAUCUCAUUACCUAUUGUUGAUAACGUUUAUCCUAAACCUAUAUAUCAACCGCCUAGUAUACCAGCAGAUAUAGCGAAAAGGCUUACAAAGAUACAUGGUUAUCCUUUAGUAUGGUGGGUGGGACAGGUACUAAAAUAUACAAUGAGGCCCAACGAGAAUACUAGGUUAUUGCUGAAAAACAAGAAAAAGGCUAUGAAUUUCAGUAACCCCAUUGUUGGUGUACAUAUACGCAGAACUGACAAAGUAGGAACAGAAGCUGCUUUUCAUGAUAUAGAUGAGUACAUGCUCAAAGUUGAGCAGUAUUACGAUAGUUUGAAAGUUAAACCAAACAAAAAAAAAAUUUUUCUGGCUAGCGAUGAUCCUAAAGUUAUCUUAGCAGUGAAACGACGCUAUUCAGAGUAUGAAAUUAUUGCCGACAUCGAUAUAGCUCAAACUGCAUCUGUAUCACAACGCUAUUCUAAUUUAUCCUUAAAAGGAAUCAUUAUCGAUAUUCAUUUCUUAUCUUUAUGUGAUUUUUUAGUAUGUACUUUCAGUUCCCAAGUAUGUCGUGUUGCGUAUGAAUUAAUGCAGACACAUCAUGUCGAUGCGCAUGAUAAAUUUACUUCAUUAGAUGAUAUAUACUAUUACGGAGGUCAAAAUCCACACCCCCAUGUUACAAUAAUGAACCAUACUCCAAGAAGAUACGGAGAAAUCGAAUUGACUGUUGGGGAUGAAAUUGAAGUUCAUGGUAAUCAUUGGGACGGUUACUCCAAAGGUAAAAACCUUAAAACGGGGGCUACUGGAUUAUUUCCAAGUUUUAAAGUGAAAAAUACUAUUAAAUCUGUGAAUUUUCCAAAAUAUGGAAUAUUGGGUACAACUAUGGAUAAAGUCUGAAUCAAUAUUAUAUUUUUUUAUCGUGGUGAAAGUUAAAUAAAAAUAUACAUAAAAAGUUUUUCUUUAAUUUUUAAUUAAGUGUUUCGAAUAAGCCACAAUUUUCUUCAUUAUAGGUU